ACUUCCGCAUCUGUUGAGUGCUAGCCUAGUGGCUAGCUAACGUGCUCCGCUGCGUUUCGUCUUUGCGUUGCCCAUGAAAAGUUUUCAGACAUGGUGAGCGGCAAGACGGGUACGAUUGUGGCCGGGCUGUGCGGGGCCAUUUUCGUUGCAUACUGUUUCUAUUUUGACAGACAGCGGCGGAGUGACCCUCGUUUCAAAGAAAAGCUGCGUGAACGUAGACGAAAGCAAAAUGUUUCUAGCGCUAAGUCUGGACUUUCUAAGCUGCCUGACUUGAAGGACGCAGAGGCUGUUCAGAAGUUCUUUCUGGAGGAAAUUCAGCUUGGAGAGGAACUCCUGUCACAAGGUGACUUUGAGAAAGGUGUGGACCACUUGACCAAUGCGAUUGCUGUAUGCGGACAGCCUCAGCAGCUGCUUCAGGUACUCCAGCAGACGCUGCCAGCUCCAGUCUUCCAAAUGCUGCUCACCAAACUGCCCAGCAUCAGCCAGCGAAUUAUCAGCGCACAAUCCUUACCAGAAGACGACGUCGAAUGAAUGUGUGAGAACGUGCUAUUACUAUAUCUCAGUGAUAUCACUCUUUCAGAUACUGAUAUUUGUGCACUGUUUGGACAUCAUAUGACAUCAAUCCUCCACUAUCACAGCAAUACAGGUUGACAGCUCUGUUAAGUUUACGUCUCUUGGACAUAUAGAACACAUUCCAGUUUUCUUACCUUGUUCCCACCAUGUUUCAUGUUUUAUAGUGUUCUUUUCUGUUUAUUUCACUUUUUUGAGGAGGGGAGGGUUUGCUGAUAUGUUGGGUACAAAGUAAGAAAAUACAAAUCAGAGAUGUGUAUAUGAUUGCUGCACAUUUGAGAUAUUAAAUGUGUGUUUUGAGUGACCACUUUAAACACUUGUUUGUGUAAUAUUGUUAGUAAGUUAUCUGGAAUUGUCCCUCUAUUGUCAGUUAAAUGUUAUUUUUAUAUUUUCCAGUCUUUCAUAUCUGGUCAUAUUUUUGUGUUGGAAAAAUACUACAAUAAAAUAUGAAAAUAUAA